CCCUUACAUCACUCUGACACCACUCCAAGCUGUCACAUGAGAGAGUUACUAGAGCUAAUGCGAAUAAAACGACCAUGGCGAAGCACCUCCUGUUUCACCGCACACUGAGCUCCCUGCAGCUUCCGUCGAUCGAUCCUCAGCAUCGCGAAGCGUGCAGGCACGACAAGCCGUGCUCUAUGAUCACCGCGAGUCCCUCCGCACCACCAAGCAGUACCGUGAAGGUUGUUGAGCGCGGUGUGGUGUGCGACGUCCAGCUGGGGUCGCAGCAGGUCGCCUCGGACUCCCCCUGGUCGUACGGCGCCAUGGACGCUGACGACUGCUGGCGGCCUCCCCCCGGCGCGCGGAUGGGCGACGGCACGAGCGCGGACUUCCUCAAGCGCUGCAGCUUCUGCCGGCGGAGCCUGGAGCACUCGGACGCGUUCAUGUACCGGGGCGACAAGGCGUUCUGCUGCCUGGAGUGCCGGCAGCACCACAUGAUCGUCGACACGCGCAAGGCGUGGCUGCACCUCACUGGCCGCCGCUUCUCCAUGGUGCCCCUCACUGGCUAGGUCAACCCUCAGUGGCGUGGGGGUGACAAUGGAGGAUCCUGAUAAGCUGGUUCAUUCUCACCACUCGUGAAGGGCACAAGCAGACACCACCCAGAAAUACUUCCUAUUCUUUUCAUUCUAGUACUGUAGGUAGAGCUUAGAGACCUGGCAGAUUUCCAGAGUUUAGCAGCGGUCAGGUACUGUUUUACAGUGUACAGAUAGCAAGUGCGUCGUUGAGGUAGUCAAUGACUCAAGGCCCAUAGUUAUCAGGCUUUAUACGCUGAAUUUGCUUUUUUUCAGGGUGUUUCCUUGUACCAACCCUGAUGAAUCAACCUUGAAAACGAAA